AUGAAAAUUUUCUUCAAACUUUCUAUGCUUUUCCUCUUCUUCAAUUAUUCACUAAGCUUGAAUCAUAGAAAUCCCACCAAUUAUUUUUGCAAGAAAGCAGCAGAAAGUGAUCCAAUUUUGAGCUACAAAUUCUGUGUUGAAUCUCUUGAAUCCAAUCCCAAGACCCAAAAUGCAACCCUUGAAGAUUUGUUGCACAUAUCAAUUGCCCUAACAAAAUCAAACUCAACCACUAUCAUCUCCUCCAUUUCAAAGCUUUUGAAGCAGCAAAAUUUGGAUUCAUACACUAGAGAAGCUUUGGAAGAUUGCUUGGAGCUUUACUGUGAUGCAAAAUCUGAAUUGAAUGAAGCCAUGUGGGAUUUGAAGAAGAAAGAUUAUUUCAAAGCUAAUAUUGAUGUGAGUUCUGCAAUGGAUUCUUCUUCUACUUGUGAAAAUGGCUUCAAUGAGAAGAAAGGUAUUGUUUCUCCAUUGUCAAAGGAGAAUUAUGUGUUCUUCCAAUUGACUGCAAUUGUUCUUGCUUUUAUUAAUAUGUUAAGUUGA